AUGUUGGACGGCACCCUGGACUGCCUAAGCAAUCUGCACUUCAUCCACAUCCGGCAGCUCUUCCGUGUCCUGACCACGCUCACGUUUGACCGCCAGCGCACUGCCGCCGCAGGCCUCAUUGAUGAUGGUCUGUCUCAAUCGAACGAAGAGCUAAAGCGCAUCGACACCAUCGCCGCCACUACCGUCACCCACACCUGGCUUGCUCUUGCCAACGACGCAGACAUCUCCAUCGACGCUGACAUGCUCCGUUGCCACAACGCCUCCACAUCCACGCCCAGCGAUUUGCCCGUCUAUCGUGGCGUCCGUUUCCUCCCCUCGCCGCCAGCACCAACAACCAUCAAGAGCAAGCACAUCCGUCGGGAUGUGUGCACGGGGAUGGCACGUGUGUUGGGCGCCGGGACCACAAGCGCACGUUACAGCACAACAACACCGUCAACACGAUUGUGGUUUGAGCAGACGGACGGGCCCCCGUUCGAGACGAAGCUGCAGCUGCCGUCGGGGAUUGCCGCCGAGUUCGCGGGCAUGAUGCACAGCAAGACCGACGAGGAGACAAGAUUGCGGAAGCGCGCUGCUGGGACGCGCCUCUUCACAUUCCUGAUGUCGCUGCAGCCCUUUGUAUGGUGGGACCUGUCGCUGAGGACGGGUGACCUGAACCCCGAGGAGGAAUUAACGGUGGCGCAGGUGCAGCACGAGAGUUGGGCGCAUCCCCGAUUGGCGUGGGCGUGCAGCGACGACGUGUUGUUCCGCACGGUCGCGGACGGACAGCGACCCCAGGCUGGCGACCCAGCCCUGCGACAAGGCUGCUGGGCGUUGUGUACGCUGAUCAACCGAACCUGCUGCAGAUGCCCCCACACAUUCACGUGCUGAUGGAACUACUUUUCCGCCGGCCGCGCCCUGGAGCUGAUACGCAAGGCGGGCGUUGUGGGCGUGGACGUGGGAGUGAAAGAGGACCUGUUUGCUUGCCAG